GUACAUCGAUAACUAUUGAAAAUUAAAAACAGUGUGACCUUUUUUCAGUGAUGACGGCUGCGAACAACUACUGUGUCGUACAGACAACCGAAAAUAACAGUACAUUCCUAUCUGUACUGCCAUCACGGUGGGUCUUGAAAAGCGGAUGGAAAUCCUACGGACCAGACGACUCGGAUGACGACCAGAACGGCGAUGAUCUAUGCUACUGGCCAAAAGGAGUUUCCGGCUAUCGACUUCUUGAAAAGGCCAAGAAAGAUCCUUCCAUCAAACCGGACCUACAAGUACUGCGCGCUUUCCGAUGCAAGAUCAAAAGGACCACAUUUGCCAGUCAUUCGGAGGCAUUCAGAGAGUUGAGGUUGAUGGAAACAAAUUCCGACACGGAGGAAUAUGGAGCAGUGAAGAAGAUAAAAAAAGUGUCGACAGCUGCUGAUCUUUUCAACCAAAUCCAGCAACCUAAACCUGGGCCAUCUAGUGAAUCCACUGCUUCUCACCAAGGCUCCAAAGCGGCAAAAUCAUCAGAUGCACCAUUUCCCAAAUCUGGAAGGAGAAUUCAAAUCGGGAAUGGAAACCAAUCGCCUACUUCUGAGCAGAUACAAGUACCAUCGGUUGAUGAUGAGAGUGCACCGAAUCUGCUUGAAUUAGUGCAAUCACUGCAUUCAAAAGUGGAAAUGAACGCAAGGAUCAUCGAAGAGUGUAAGGUCAUCGGAAACAAAUCUGUGGCACUUUUGUCUCAAGUCAAUGCUAAACUGGACGUCCUUGCGAAUCAGGUCAACUUGAAGCUUGAUAAUUUCGUAUCGCAGACACAACAAACCGAUUCUGUACGCAUUGACACAGUGAGUUCUCCGUUAAGUCCAGUAAAAAAUCUUGCGGAGAUGGAAUCUCUUGAGCAGAAGGCAAACAGUAAGAAAUUCGUUGAAGCUGUAAUCCAAUAUUUUGGUUCUAUGCAUGGCAGGAGCCGAUAUGUUGGUGAAGGUGCAACAGUUUGCCUACAGUUGAUUGAUUAUUUCUUCGAUCGAGCGUUCUUACUGAACUGUUCCUGGACUGGAACCAGCAGACGUAAAGGGAAUGAUGAGAAUACCGGGUCGAAGAUUGCUUUCCAUAAGUUCGACGGAAUCAUCACAUUAUUUCAUAAGGUGAUCAUGUUUUCUGAUCCUACGUAUCCUUUUAUUGAAUGUCAAAAAUUUCUUAAACGUUGUUUGAGAAAUUCUAAGCAGCGAUUUGUCGAAACUAAAGGGCUGAAAGCUUCUGUAGCAAGGAACAGGCGCAAGAGAAAACUCGUCACGAGCAGUGUGGACGUCGGAAAUAAUAGCCAGGUUGAAGAAGAACCGGAUGUGAUCGAGGAGGAGGAGGAGGAGGCUCUGGAUGAGGUCGAGGACGAGGCUCUGGAUGAGGACGAGGGCGGUGUUAAGUUCGAAGUACAGGACGACGAGGAGGACAAUAAUACUGUUUUUAUCGCUGAAUAUUUGGUAGAAUGA